AUGGAUGUCCUCAGCAACGACAAAAGAUGGCUUGUGAUUCUUGUUACCUUAAAUAAGGUUCUAGCCCCUGUUUUGACGGAUAUCGCGAAACAAGGAAUGGAGAAUCUUUAUACCUACCUAGAUAAUCUCCUCAAUGGCUUAUCGACAUCCUGCAGUCUUAAAACACUGACCUACGCGGAUUUUUGCCGUCUGACAGCUACUCCGAGUCCUGCUUCUUUUCUUAAAAGCUUAAAUUUUGGAAAUAUUAACAACAAUUCUGAUGUCCAUGGAAAGAAAAAAAAGGCCUACAACUACAACGUAAGCAGCCCAGUUGAUCUUGCCAGGCUGUACCUCCCAAACUGCCUCGCGGUGUUCUCGGCAUUCGACAAAUCUAUGGAUAUGAGUGCCACUCUUAGAUUACUAGGGCGUAAAAAUUACCCCAUACAAAUAUUCUUUUCGUCUGAUCCUUCGUAUAAUAUCCAGUCAUUGGCUGAUGAUGUCAGAGAGAAUGUUAGGAAUCGAGCAAGUCAUUUUGAUGAGAGUCAUUGGACACAGAUCUUCUUCGGCCAAUGUUUUGACAAGCUUAAGAAGCUAGUCCAAGGUUUGCCUCUGGAUGUGGCCAAAACGAAGGAGCUUUUGGAUCAACUUUCAAAAUGGAAAACAAAAAUUUUAAUUAAUAACAUUCGGCAACAUCAUACAGAACAUUCAAAAGAUGACGCGCUUAUUAUAUCAAUCUCUGUGCGAGAAUUUGGAUAGUGAAUGACUUAGUCCAGCCCAAGAAGACCUUAAGAUCGUAAAAAUGUGUUUAGGGGCACAGAGCAUCAUUCCAUUUAUUCAUUCGUUUAUCUUACUUAAUUACUUAAUUGUUUAUUGAUCGACUUAUUCAUUCAUUCAUGAAUCUCUUUAUUUAUAUUUUUUGUUCAUUUACAUGUUCUUCUAUUUAGCCAUUCAUUAAUUUAUUUUUAUUUUCUACAUUUUUUCAAGGUUUCCAGCUGAUUGUUGAGGAAGAUGUGAAAGACCUAAUGGCGCAGUUUCAAAAUGAUAAACUUAAAGCAAUCGAAGAAAAAUUGGAAGACAAGCCAACGAAGGAAGAAAUAGAGAAAAUGAUACGAAAGCUGUCCGAGUUUGGCUUCGCAGUUUUGUCAGCAAAAUUGAUGAAAUGA